AUGCGUGGGCUGGGGAGACCGGGGCGCGGGUGGGUGCCAUGGCAACGCGGCGCGGGAGGUAAACGAGGGGAGGCCGCGCUCGGCGGCGGCGGCGGCCGGGGGAGGACCGGGACCGGGACCGGGACCGGGACCGGGACCGGGACGGACCGGGACACCGUGCUCGCGGCCCGCCGCAGGCAGAACGGGGGCUCCGGUGGGCUGUGCUUAAGCGUUGUGUUUUUAUUUCUGGAGUGCUGUGUCCCUGCGGGACGGGCGCCUCUCACCCGGAGUGGGGAAGGCUGUGGAGAACUCGUUGUCUUUUCACGCAGGGGGUGCGGGGGAAGCUCUCCACAGCUUCGUUCCUUCAGCCCGUGCUGUGGAGAGAGGGAGGCAGUUAAAAGUAGCAAACCCAAGCGUGGCAAAGGCAAAAGCUCCAAAAAGAAAGCAAAGAAGGUGGUGAAGGAAGUGGAUAUCCUCAGCCCAGCUGCCAUGCUCAACGCCUACUACAUCUGCCACAACGCCCCUGCCUGCCUGGAGUUCCGGGGCUUUCCCUGGCCUGGCUCCCCCAAAAAGAAAGGGAAGAAAGGAAAGUAACCGGGUGGCUGGAAAGCAAAGGACUCGGUGAAAACCAAGCUUCCCAGUGAAGAAGAGAUUUUUUUGCGGAUUAGACUCGUAGUGACCUCUCCAGUGGUUAGCUCAAAUAUUUUGCCAUAAUCACUGUUGUAUCUGUACAAAGACACUCUUAUUAUAGCUCAAGCCUAGAGUGACAAAUGGUAAGUGACACUGUGCCAUUGUAAUUUCAGCUGUGGCACUUCGCCCUCCGGUUCUGUGUGGAAUAAAGCAUUGCGCCUCAGCAGUCUGAAAGGUUUGUAGUGGCGUUUGCUUUACCCAUACUGCUGCCGUUCUUUUAUGGAUGGAACGUGCUCUCCAAUAGC